UCGCUGGCCCCGAGGCCCCAAAGAGCGUGCGCCCCUCUCCUUGGCCACCCAGCCGCGUGCCCGAGCCACCGCCUCUAGGCUUUGCAACAUGCUCCAGCGGCGUCCCGCGCACUGAGAGCCGCCGAUCGUAGGGCGAAGAGGAGCGGGGCACCCGGGGCGUGGAGGAGGGGACCCGCCGCCUUGGAGCCGACUUUUCGCCGAUGGUCCAAAGCGACACGUCCAAGUCGCCUCCCAUAGCGGCGGUGGCGCAGGAGAGCCAGAUGGAGCUGCUGGAGAGCGCGGCUCCCGCGGGGGCGCUCGGAGCACAGUCAUAUGGAAAAGGAGCCAGGAGGAAAAACAGGUUUAAAGGCUCAGAUGGAAGCACAUCAUCAGACACCACCUCAAACAGCUUUGUCCGCCAGGGUUCGGCAGACUCCUACACCAGCCGCCCAUCCGAUUCAGAUGUGUCUUUGGAAGAGGACCGGGAGGCAGUACGUAGAGAAGCUGAGCGGCAGGCCCAGGCACAGUUGGAAAAAGCAAAGACAAAACCUGUUGCGUUUGCAGUUCGGACCAAUGUCAGGUACAGCGCAGCCCAGGAGGAUGAUGUUCCGGUGCCAGGCAUGGCCAUCUCAUUCGAGGCAAAAGAUUUUCUGCAUGUUAAGGAAAAAUUUAAUAAUGACUGGUGGAUAGGACGAUUGGUUAAAGAAGGCUGUGAAAUCGGAUUUAUUCCAAGCCCAGUCAAACUAGAAAACAUGAGGCUACAGCAUGAACAGAGAGCCAAGCAAGGGAAAUUCUACUCCAGUAAAUCAGGAGGAAAUUCAUCAUCCAGUCUGGGUGACAUAGUACCUAGUUCCAGAAAAUCGACACCUCCAUCAUCUGCUAUAGACAUAGAUGCUACUGGCUUAGAUGCAGAAGAGAAUGAUAUUCCAGCAAACCACCGCUCCCCUAAGCCCAGUGCAAACAGUGUAACGUCACCCCACUCCAAAGAGAAAAGAAUGCCCUUCUUUAAGAAGACAGAGCACACUCCUCCUUAUGAUGUGGUACCUUCCAUGCGACCAGUGGUCCUAGUGGGCCCUUCUCUGAAGGGGUAUGAGGUUACAGAUAUGAUGCAAAAAGCACUGUUCGAUUUUUUAAAACACAGAUUUGAAGGGCGGAUAUCCAUCACAAGAGUCACUGCUGAUAUCUCCCUCGCCAAACGCUCAGUGUUAAACAAUCCCAGUAAGCAUGCAAUAAUAGAGAGAUCCAACACAAGGUCAAGCUUAGCGGAAGUUCAGAGUGAAAUCGAAAGGAUUUUUGAACUUGCAAGAACACUACAAUUGGUAGUCCUUGAUGCAGAUACGAUCAAUCACCCAGCUCAACUCAGUAAGACCUCUUUGGCCCCUAUUAUAGUGUAUGUAAAGAUUUCUUCUCCUAAGGUUUUACAAAGGUUAAUAAAAUCUCGAGGGAAAUCUCAAGCAAAACACCUCAAUGUCCAGAUGGUAGCAGCUGAUAAACUGGCCCAGUGUCCUCCGCAGGAGUCAUUUGAUGUGAUCUUGGAUGAGAACCAGCUUGAGGAUGCUUGUGAGCAUCUUGCCGACUAUCUGGAGGCCUACUGGAAGGCCACCCAUCCACCCAGCAGUAACCUCCCCAACCCUCUCCUUAGCCGAACUUUAGCCACUUCAACUUUACCUAUGAGCCCCACCCUAGCCUCUAAUUCACAGGGUUCUCAAGGUGAUCAGAGGACUGAUCGCUCUGCUCCCCGGUCUGCUUCCCAAGCUGAAGAAGAACCUUGUCUGGAACCAGUCAAGAAAUCCCAACAUCGUUCUUCCUCCUCAGCCACACACCAAAACCACCGCAGUGGGACAGGUCGAGGCCUCUCUAGGCAAGAGACAUUUGACUCUGAAACCCAGGAGAGCCGAGACUCUGCCUAUGUGGAGCCAAAGGAAGACUAUUCACAUGAACAUGUGGACCACUAUGCCCCACACCGUGAACAUAACCAUAGAGACGAGACCCACAGCAGCAAUGGCCACAGACACAGGGAGUCUCGCCACCGCUCUAGGGACGUGGGUCGAGAGCAGGACCACGAGUGCAACAAACAGCGAAGCCGGCAUAAAUCUAAGGAUCGCUACUGUGACAAGGAAGGGGAAGUAAUAUCCAAGAGAAGGAACGAGGCUGGCGAGUGGAACAGAGACGUCUACAUCCGCCAAUGACCGUGUGUGUUCCUGCCCCCCAAGUCUUGUGUAACAUCAUCCUUAAGCAAAAUCUUUGGGGGUACAUUGCAACCAUCUGUGAUCUGUCUUGUAUAUUUUGUAUUGCUGUUGCUUGAAUAGCAAUAGCAUGCAAUCGAGUAUUAAUAUACAUUCUUUUGUAAGUACCACAGAAAUGGGCCUAGUCCAGCUGCAGUCCUCCACCUUUAUCCUGGACUCUCCCAAAGCUGUUUGGGGUAGCUGCCACGUAACAGAGUGGCUUCUGAAAUGUAGUUGAUGUAUCCAGUGAGCCAGACGCAGCACAGAUAACCAGUGGAAUUUCUCCAGGUUUUUAAUACCCAGAUACCUGACCUGUGUCAUUCUUUCCUGGACCACUGUUUCUUGCUUGUACCUCUGGCUGACUAAAUUUGGGGACAGAUUCAGUCUUGCCUUACACAAAGGGGAUUAUAAAGUUAGAAUCUAUUUUCUAUGUACUAGUACUGUGUACUGUAUAGACAGUUUGUAAAUGUUAUUUCUGCAAACACCUUAUUAUAAUUAUAUAUAUAUAAUAUAUAUAUAUCAGUUUGAUCACACUAUUUUAGGGUCUUAAUGCCAAGUCAGCAGAUUUGCUUUAUGAAUCACAGGGACUAGAAAUGCCCACAUUCAGGAAAUUUCUAAUAAAAUUGUCUAGACACCUCUCCCCAUUCUAAAAGAGAGACUGUACAUAUUGUAAAUAUGUGUGAUUGCUUGACUUGAGGUUUGAUUUCUGAAUGUUAUCCCAUCCUUUGAAGUUUUUAAUUUUAACCAUAAAUUAUGGUAACUAUAACCAAACUCCAGAGGUUUUUCUACUCCAUACAGUCCACAACUGAUUGUGACAAACACGUUCUUAGCAGCUAGUGUCUGCUAUAGUCACUGCACUGGAGUAUCCAAGCCGAAGCUGCCGUGUGCACAUGAGUGUGAGUGUGUGAGUGACUGAGAUGAAGUGGAAUACAAAAGACUAAUGCAGAAACUAGAGGCUGAUGGCUGAGAAUUCUGCUCACCUGGCUUAGUAUUUAAUUGUGUUUUAUGUUGCUUUAAAAACCCAUGGAGCAGCCAGGGAAUGUGAAGAAGCUUGCUGCCAAAGGUAACUAGGGGAGCACUCAUCUGCUGCCUCCUUGCUUUACUCCUGAAAAGAGAAAACACGGGCAUCUUGUACUGUGAGUGUUCCACUGGAAAUGUACAAUCUUGUGUGUCAGAGUAUUUUGUUUUAGUAAGAAAUGUUUACACAGCUUGUGCAAUUAUUUCGUAGGGAAAUAAAUUUUUAUAACUUAUCCCA